GCAGCGCCUAAGGGACCGCCGAGUCCCGACUGCGCCAACUCUCUCAGUCUGGGCAAGCCCCGGGCUCUUAGCAGGAACCCAGGAACCGGUAAGACUCCGGUUUGCUGCUCCAAGUCAUCGGGGUGCGGGAUUCCCGCAGGCAAGGGGCCGCGGCGGGUUCGGAUUCCAGGAGGGCGCGGGUCUCCUGGCGAGCGCAGUACUCGAUGCAGAAACUAAGGUUCAGAGAAGUAAAGCCCUUGUUUGAGGACCCUGAGCUCGUAAGUGGUAGAUGCAACCUCCCAACUCAGAUCUGUCUGACCUCAAAGCCCAUGAUGUGAAACCACUCUGAACAUGUGCAGAACCCCAGCGGCAGCUCAGUGGGAUGGAAAGAUGAGCAGGGGUCACCUUUCCAUUGAUAAAUGAGAGGAAUGGUAUGCUCUGACCCGCUUCCCUGGCUCGGAGGCUCUACCCAGUUGCCUUGCUUACAACUCUUCUGUGGUGGAAAAACUCAGAACCUGGAGACCCUCAGCCCUGGUGUGAAUCCCACUCCACGGCUAGAGGUUUUGUGACUUUAGACCAAGCCUUUUGCUUCUCUGAACCUGUGUGUGACUGCAGAAGAAUUCCCAGCAGGUUGUUGUACCGAUUGGCAGAGAACAGAUUGCCCAGCACCCGGUAGACACCAGGAGCCUUGGUUCCCACGGUUCACUUUUCCUGCAGAUGGGGUAACCAAGACCUACAGUGAGAAAGUGACUUUUACCUGAGGUCACCCAGGUAAAAGUGACAAGGCAGAACUAACGGGCCUUGAACCUGAAUUUUGGACCAGCCUCCAGGACCCUGGGGAUUUCCACCAGAAGCCUUCAGUCACUGUCCAGGGGAUUUUUCUCACCACAAAGGGUAAUUCCUACUCCAUCCCUGUGGUGACUCAGCUCUGACGUUGAACGACACAAGCCAGAGAGAAGAUAAAGUCACCAGAGACUCUGCUCACCAAAGAGGGUGACCCAGGCUAGAACUCUCCUCCUCCUCUCCCCACGGACUCCACGGGGCUGUCCUCUGGACUGGAGCAACUCACACGGCCCUCAAGAUGGCCUCCAGCUCAGCCAGCAGCCCCCGCCCGGCCCCGGAUGAGAACGAGUUUCCCUUUGGGUGCCCUCGCACUGUCUGCCAGGACCCACCAGAGCCCAGGGCCCUCCGCUGCACAGCCUGUCUCUCUGAGAACCUGAGGAACAGCCCAGAUGGGAUCUGUCCCAAAUGCAGAGGGGAUAACCUCCAAUCUGAAAGCCCAGGAAGCCUUCUGACUCAGGAGAAGGUUCCCCCUGAGAUGGCCGAGGCUGGAGCCCGGUGCCCCUUUGCCGGCGUUGGCUGCUCCUUCAGGGGGAGCCCGCAGGCCGUGCAGGAGCACGAGGCCUCGUCCCAGGCCUGCCACCUGCACCUGCUGCUGGGCUUCACGAAGCACUGGAAGGCCCCGCUGGGCGCCGGCCCGGGGUCUGGGCCCGCGGCCCUGGAGCAGCACCUGUCAGACCUGCAGCUGCAGGCGGCCGUGGAGGUGGACUGCUACCGGGCCCCCUGCUCCGAGAGCCGGGAGGAGCUGGCCCUGCAGCACCUCAUGAAGGAGAAGCUGCUGGCCGAGCUGGAGGAGAAGCUGCGUGUGUUCGAGAACAUCGUCGCCGUCCUCAACAAGGAGGUGGAGGCCUCCCACCUGGCCCUGGCUGCCUCCGUCCACCAGAGCCAGCUGGACCGCGAGCACAUCCUGAGCCUGGAACAGAGGGUGGUGGAGUUGCAGCAGACCCUGGCCCAGAAGGACCAGGCGCUGGGCAAGCUGGAACAGAGCCUGCGCCUCGUGGAGGAGGCCUCCUUUGACGGCACCUUCCUGUGGAAGAUCACCAACGUCGCCAGGCGCUGCCAUGAAUCUGCCUGUGGCAGGACCAUCAGCCUCUUCUCCCCAGCCUUCUACACUGCCAAGUACGGCUACAAGCUGUGCCUGCGGCUCUACCUGAAUGGGGACGGCUCGGGGAAGAGGACCCACCUGUCGCUCUUCAUCGUGAUCAUGAGGGGCGAGUACGAUGCUCUGCUGCCCUGGCCCUUCCGGAACAAGGUCACCUUCAUGCUGCUGGACCAGAACAACCGUGAGCACGCCAUUGACGCCUUCCGGCCCGACCUGAGCUCGGCAUCUUUCCAGCGGCCGCAGAGUGAAACCAACGUGGCCAGCGGCUGCCCGCUCUUCUUCCCCCUCAGCAGGCUGCAUUCGCCCAAGCACGCCUACGUGAAGGACGACACCAUGUUCCUCAAGUGCAUCGUGGAGACCAGUGCUUAGGGCAGGAGGGGCCCCUGCAGGAGGACCAGCCGAGACUGGGGGACCUGGCGAGAUGACUGCGGUUGUCCUGCUCUUGAUACCCAUGGCCCCAGGACACAGGAUGGGUCAAGACUGCCGUGAUCUGUGCAGGACCAGCAGGUUCGCUGUGAGCGUGUGCCCUUGGGCUGGGCCCAGAAAGGCAGAGGACUGAGGGAGGCAGGCGGGGUCACUCCCCUCCAUACAGACCCUGCAACUCUGGGAGCCCCGGAGCUGCCCCACCCUGAAUGUUGAGGCCAACUUCGGUUGAGAUGGGGGACCCAGCCUGAGGGGUGCCCAGGGAGCCUGAGCCGUGGGGCCCGAGCACAGGCGCUCUCGGGACGGGGCCGAUGGAGAUCUGGUAGCAUGCUCCCUCCCUGCUCGGGCAGAACCAGGACCGGGGGAAGGGGCAGGCGCCCGUGUGAGUUCAGUCUAUCCAGAUCUGGACCGAGUCCCCUGUCACCAGAGGUGAACAAGCAAACCCAGAGGACCACGCCAGGGGAAAGGGCUCAACCUGGAGGUUGCACGUGGGGACCUUUAAUGUUUCUCAUAGCCAAGGAAGUCUCAGUUCCACACCUGCUGGCCACAGGUGGGAACAUUCAGAAGCCUUAGGUCCCUCCCUCACCUUCAGUGCCACCAGGCGAGCUCAGCUGGCCCACACCUCCCUGGGGCCUGGAAGCUCAGUUUCCCCUGUGAGCAGACAUGGUCCCUGUGUCCAGUGUCUCCACCAGCCAGACGCCCCUCCCUUUAUCCAGGUAAGACCAGGUCACCGCAGGUUCCCAGGAGAAGGGAGGAGAUGGAGACCCACUUUCCACUUCCCCUGCCUGGGGGCCCCAACUGUGGUGCUUUCCAGAAUCCUGCGUCCACUUAACUGUCCAAGUUGUUCACUUCUCUGGGUUGACUCAUCAGGACCUCUGGGCCGCCAGGCAGAGGUUGUCCUUUCAAAUGUGUAUAAAUAUGUAUUUUAAAUAUG